ACCGACAAACAGGAAGUCGAUGGCAGCACGCAAGAAAGAAAACAUUACUCGUGUGGCCUUUGGGAGCUGCCAGGAGCGGAAGUUGUAUCCAACUCACAGUGCACCAAAUCGCAUGGGGAUUGAGUUGCGCACAUUGCAGAGUACACCCAUACCUGGCCCUGGCUGCUAUGACAACCACAUGGUGGAUACGAUUGUUUAUAACCUCGACAGAAGACCGGAGAGUAAGAAAGGCUAUACUUUAGCAGCUCGCACUUCUUCUCGCUUCAUCCCCCCUUUCCAGACAGUCACUCCAUCACCUCAGAAAUACCAGAAGGACUGGAGUGUGUCACAAACAUGUCCUCCUGGAAAAACAUCAUUCAACUCCACCAGCUCGAGGUUUGUGUCUACUGCAGUCAACUCCAACCCUGGGCCCGGUACGUACGUGGCCGAUGGCCCACACCAUCGGAGGGUAUCCUGGCCGAUGAAGUUUGGCUCACCAGACUGGUCCCAAGUGCCCAUGCUGGAGAGAAGGGCACUUCACACAGAGCUCCCAUGUGACAAGGAGUUCAAGAAACAUCGCAACAGAGUCGCAUAUCUCCGCUUGUACUAUUGAGUGUAUUGUGCAAAUCCGUUUCAGAAUACAUAAUUUAAUAUUAUUACCUUGCCCGGGACGGCAUCCGCCAGGGGCAAGGUAUUGUUUUUGGUCGGGUUGGUUUCUUUGUUUUUUUUGUAAACAAUAUUACAAGAAAACUGCUGGAUCAAUUUUUAUGAAACUUUCUGGAUAGAUGGGCUUUGGUCUCAAAUACAACCCCGAUUCCAAAAAAGUUGGGACAAAGUACAAAUUGUAAAUAAAAACGGAAUGCAAUGAUGUGGAAGUUUCAAAAUUCCAUAUUUUAUUCAGAGUAGAACAUAGAUGACAUAUCAAAUGUUUAAACUGAGAAAAUGUAUCAUUUAAAGAGAGAAAUUAGGUGAUUUUAAAUUUCAUGACAACACCACAUCUCAAAAAAGUUGGGACAAGGCCAUGUUUACCACUGUGAGACAUCCCCUUUUCUCUUUACAACAGUCUGUAAACGUCUGGGGACU